AUGGGAAAGCAAGUUGAUGUUAUAACAGAGGCAAAAGAUCUGAAGACACUUUCCAUGGAUGAGCUGAUUGGAAAUCUCCAGACCUACGAGCUGAACAAAAAGCAGGGGACAAACAUGAAGGAGGGAAGGAAUGAGAAAUUUGUUGCUCUGAAAAACUCACAAAAUGAUGCGACUAAGGAGGAGGAUGAAAUGGCCUAUGUUACUAAAAGGUUUCAGAAAAUCAUCAAGAAACAUGACGUCUUUCAAAAGAAGGCUUCGACCAGCAGAGCAGCAAACACAAAUGAACUUUGUCAUAAAUGUGGCAAACCUGGUCAUUUUAUUAGGGACUGUCCCAGCCAGAAGCAGGAAAUUCAGGACUUCAGACCUCGCAAGAAGGACCUAGUCCCAGACAAUGCUCGGAGAAAAGCUCAUGCUGAUCAGUUGGUGAGAAAAGCCUUUGAUGUAUGGGGAAAUGAUUCAAGUGAGUCAGAAGAAGAUACAUAA